AGCUACGCUGUAAGCAUCUCCCGGCCCGGCCUCGUGCCCGAAGAUGGGCUUAUCGAGUUCGAGGCCAUGUGAGUGCUCCAGAGGUGUGUCCCGCAUUUUAAACAGAUCUGGUGAAUCAUCCAGUUCAUGCACACUGCGGAUAGUACAGAUCACAGAUGUUUAUGUGCUAGACAACUUCCCCAGCCUGCGCACGCUCAUCAAGGAGAAAACCUUGGAGCUAGAACGCAGAUGUGGUGGGCAGACUAUCAGCAUGCUGACGGGGGAUUUCUUGGCCCCGUAUCUGCUGUCCUCCAUUGACAUGGGCAUCGGUAUGAUGAAGAUGUGCAAUGGAACUCCGAUCGAUUAUUUGACCUGGGGCAACCAUGAGGAUGAUAUCCCGCACAAGGAGGUCAUGAAAAGGGAGCGUGAGUACACUGGAGUUUGGAUCAACACCAACAUGCAGUCACACGAGUCCUUCAAGGACUCCACUUGUCAGGUGGCCCAGGAGGUGAUUCAAAUCGCGUCCCGCGACGGAACCAACAAGCGGAAAGUUGGCCUUAUGGGUGUUCUGAGCAAUUCGCCAAGCCUGUACCGGCCCGGCGCCUUCGGGGGCGCGAAGAUCGAAGACCCGUGGGAGACCAUGGCCACCUACAAGAAGAAGCUGGAGCCACCGGGAGUCCCGCACGUCGAGUCUGCUUGGAGGUCAACUUUCCGCUUGCAAGCCGCACAUCCAAAGCUACGACGUCAGCCAAGGCAAAAAAAGGCUUGCGACGUGGUGGUGCCCUUGUGCCACCUCUACGAGCCUCAGGACGAGAGGACUUGCAGAGAGUUCGACUUCCCCGUCAUUCUCAGCGGUCAUGACCAUCAUGUCGUUGACCGAAUGGUCGAGGGCACCCGGCUGCUGAAGCCGGGCCAGGACGGCAUCAAGGCCGUGAUUCUGGACCUGUCCUGGCCAAAUGCCGGUGCAAGCUCGCCCGUGAUUGAGUACGAGAUCGUCAACGUGUGCGAUUGGCCGCCGGACGAGGGCCUCAAAAAGGUUGCGGAAGAUGCUUACAAAGUAUUAGACCCACUGAGGAGGACAGAGCUGGCACGAGUACCGAGUUCAUACCGGCCACUGACCUCCGUGCAAUCCAGAGGUCAGAGAGUGUCCAUGGGUACCUUCCUGCUCUCACGGAUACGAGAUGCCCUGAACAUGGACAUGCCCUUGGGUGAGAAGUAUGUGGACUGUGCUUUGCUCAAGGGCGGCAACAUCCGCGGGGGGCGAGAGUACAGCGAUGAUGAUCACAUCAAUCUGGAGGUCCUCCAGACAGAGAUCGAAGAGGCGAAGCAGAUCCUGGUGAUCCCGGUGCCUGGCUCCGUACUGCGGGUGGGGCUGCGGGAGACCUUCGGGGCACCAAACCCUGGCUGGAUGCAGUACGACGACGAGGUGGAGCUGGACGAGGAAGGCUAUGUCGUACGCAUUGCCGGGGAGCCUUUGGACCCCAAGCGGAAGUACAAGGUGGCUAGCAUCGUGGACUUCUGGCGGAAGAGGGAUGCGCCCUCCAUAGGUCAGUACUUCGAGGACCACCCGGAGGAGCUUCCGGAGUUGGACGGGGGGAGGCCGGUCCAUUCCUUGCUGCUGAACUUCUUCGCGAUGCAGCUUUGGGCGAGGAUUUGGAAAGAGCUGGGCCUGAACAUUUGCAGCGGUGACGAGAACCUCUCGGCAGAGGCCUUCAAGGCGUUGGACGCCGAUGGGGACGGCACAGUGUCCAAGGCAGACCUGAAAUUGAGGCUUGCGAAGGUCUCGGGCUUUGAGAAUGUCUUCGAGGGCAUGGACGUCUUGGUGGACAACAUGUUAGGCGAGAUCGCCAAGUUCGGCGCGAAGGAUAAAGACAAGGGACUCAGUGAGGAGGCCUUGCAGGCCGCCGCCAAGCACUGGUCCAGCCGGAGUCUGGCAUCUUUGGUGGACUCAGACUCUGAGAGCGAGAAGGCUUAAGAGAAAGCGCCGAAUCGGCGCUUCGACCCGCUAAAAGGGGCAGAUUUUUCCGCUGGCCUAUCACCAAGCUUGGGCAGGCUGGGCAUAUGCAGGA